GCCGGUCGUUCUGUUUUUAUGUUAAUGCAGUUUUGCUGAAUACGACUUAGUAAAAUGCUAAAUAGCAGCAGAAUUUAAAUUAGGUCCAACUGUGACGGCCGAUUGUUUAAAUCGGACGGGCAAUUUUUUGAAUUUAUUUGGCCGCUAGUUAGAAACAAAAAACAAGCCCUAGUGCUGGUUAGGGUAGCUCAAAAUCACUCGCUUUGAAUAAAAAACUGCUGAUCCAAAAUUGCAGUGAAAUUGAUUGUGGACGAUUUUACCUGGAGAUAACGUAAUUUUUACUUAUUAUUUCUGGUUGUAUUACCUAUCUUAUAUCUUUAAUCUUUUUGGAGCUAUUUCAGUUACUGUAUUAAUAGCACACUUGGUUGGCUACGUUUCAAAAUUUUAUAUCCUUUGUUUUUUCUCGCUAUUUAUUUGGUCCAUUGAAAUUGGCGAAAUCAAAUAAACGGAUAUUUUGAAUGGAUUCUUUGUUGGUAUUUUCCUGAAUGUUUCCCAUUUUUUCAAUGAUGUAUCAUUUGCUUAAAGGCUGUUUAAAACGUCAUUACAAUCAUUAUGCAUGCUACAAGUACACCUUUUAGACAUUACCAAUUCAUUUCCCACUCUUCUGUUUUAAUAACUCUCAAUAACGAGAUGUGUUCCUGAAGUUGUUAAAAAAGGUGAUUUCAUUGAUCGAAUGCGAGGAAAACUUCAUUGUUCGACACAGCAAUUAAAACCUCGGUUCUGUUGAUAAUUAUCCUCAACGAGUUAUAAUGAGCUCCGGCUAAAAUCAUCAUUAGUCCAAUACGAAAAAAAAACAUAGAUGCAAACUCGUUUGAAUGAGUUAUGAAAAUCGUUUAAUAAAUUCAAAUUUUUUCACUGCAGUACGGAUUUAAAAUUACAGAUACUUUGCAUCACUCAACGGAGGAGCGUAGGACGCUUAAUUACUUACAGUAUACAGUUAAAAUCAUUAUUAAUUAUCACAAGGUUACGAUUUGCAAUGAAUCAGAAAGCAAUAUCUAACCACUUUUUUCUUGCCUUCGUUACAGCUAUGCUGUGCAAUGCCGCUUCAAUUGUUGGUCAAAAAAAGCUUAACUUGCCCGAAAAUUCUCCAAUUGGGUUUCAACUUAGUUCACUUCGAAAACUCGACAUAUACGCUUCGAGUAACCAAGAAAUUCUGCUAGACCCUUCUGAGCCUUUCAAAAUUUCAAAAGACUCAAAAGGUGAAUUGUAUUUAGCUGUUGCGAAAUCCAUUGACCGGGAGGACUCCUCGUUGUGUAAACUAUCUCGACAAGAUGACUUUAAGUGCAUUGUAAACUUGGACGUGAUUUUAAUAUUUGAUAACGGAAUCCCAGAAAGUCAUCGGGUUAAUGUUUUCGUCGAAGACCAAAACGACAACGUGCCCCGUUUUGACGAGAAACAGCAUUUCAUAUCUGUUCCAGAAAAUGCCGACCCUUCCAAUAGUGCUUUUAGUAUACCAUACGCUACGGAUGCAGACUCUUCUGAAUACGCCAUACGAAGUUACACCUUAGAACCCACUGACAACUCCUACUUCUCUUUGAAGGUAUCGGAGAGAUCGGACGGUGUCCUAAUUCCGAAGUUGCUGGUCGGCCGUAAUCUGGACUUUGAGGAGCAAAGUAGCUUUAAACUGACCUUAAUUGCGAAAGAUCCAAUGAACGAAGGGUCCAUGGAGAUAAUUGUGUCGAUUAUUGAUAUCAACGACAAUACUCCUGUUUUCGAACAGUCAGAACAAGCUGUUGAGAUUCUCGAGAAUGACCCAAUUGGUAAAGUGGUGCUCCAAGUUCAAGCUAAAGACGAAGAUUCGGGUAAAAACGGCCGAAUAUUUUAUCGUUUUGCGGAAGAAACUUUGCCUGAAAUUUUGGAGUAUUUUACUAUUGACGAGACCACGGGUAAAAUUGUUUUGUCAAAAUCACUCAAAAGUCAGGGAGGUCAAACGUUGUCAGUGCAAGUUGAAGCUCGUGACGGAGGAGUACCACCUUUCAAAGAUUUGAUGACAACUGAAUUUGUCAUCAAAGAUGUGAACGACAACAAACCAACCAUAUCUUUCAACCCUAGAAGUUUCUGGGAGGUUGAAGGCCAGGAAAUCUACUUCUCUGAAAACGAGGACCCGAGAAUGAUAGGGUUCUUUAAAAUAACCGACGAAGAUCCCGGAGUUUUUGGGAAAACCCAGAUGGUGCAACUAAACGGAACUAGCUUCUUCACUCUGCAUAAAAUCGGGACUGGCAUGUACUCGUUUUCGACUACACAGACGUUCGAUCGAGAAGAACAAGGUGCUUACUGGGUGAAAUUGGAGGCUUCUGAUUGUGCCGUGGAAGAGUGGGAUCCGGAAUACAGAAGCUGCACCCCUCUGAAGACAUCCGAAGUGUUUCAAUUCAAUGUCGGAGAUGUAAAUGAUUUCAAGCCUCGAUUUGAAAAGUACCGAUACAACUACACUAUUAUUGAGGAAACAGAGCCCAAAAUUUUGGAUCGAAUCGUGGUCGAAGACAUGGAUUUCGGAGCCAAUGGGACAGUCAAGUUUUCAAUCCACUCUCUUCAGCACGAGAAGUGGUUCCACAUAGAUCCAGACACUGGAGUUUUCAAGAUACUGAGAAAACUGGAUCGAGAGAUUCUGGGGUCAUCUGUCAAUGUCACUAUCAAGGCAUACGAUUUGGGAUCCCCUGCCAAAAUGUCUUACAAGCUAUUCGAGAUCACACUAAUUGAUAUCGAUGACAACCAGCCAAAAUUCAACCAAUCAAGUUACAAGUUCGACAUCCUUGAGGGUCGUGGGAUCGGUUGGGAGGUGGGACGAGUCACCGCUGUAGAUCCCGACAUUGACGGGUGUGUUCGCUAUUAUGCCGCAGAUGAUGACAUAUACAAGGCCAUUUUCAAGGUCAACGAGACGACGGGUGUAAUUAAGACAUUGAGGGAUUUUGAUUACGAGACUGAAAAGCAGAAGGAGUUUUAUUUUGAGAUCCUGGCCAAGGCGUGUAAGAAACCAGAGCAGGUGGCGCUUGCGAGAGCGAACAUCCAGUUGAUUGAUGAAAAUGACAACAGCCCUCAAAUUCUCAAACCAUUGCCGAACGAGGAAUUCUCAAUACCCUGGGAUGCAAACCCGACUUACAUUGUCACCCAAAUCCGAGCAGUAGACGACGACUUCGGGCGAAACGCGAAGCUCACAUAUCACAUUUCGGACUCUGCCAAGAUAUUCGGAGUAGAUCCCGACCAGGGUUCAAUCAUAGUAAAGAAACACGAAAUAUUCCGCAACAGAGAUCGGAAAAUCAAAGUAGAAAUUUGGGUUUCGGAUAAUGGGUUGGAACGCAAUGAGAGAAGGCAAUGGAAUUUUAUCUAUUUGGACGGUAACGAGACUUUAUUCAACCACACUUCACUAGACGAGACGAGAGUAGCUUUUCUGCCGACUGUGCCUCGAUUCAUGAUCUACGCCGUGUGCACGAUCGCAGCAAUAGUAGUCCUUAUAAUCGUCGUCUGGCUCGUCCUCUUAAUCCGACUAAGAUCUGCCCGAUCCACCCGUGCCUCCACUGUCAAGGCCCAGUACUCAGCAGUAGCCGGAGAGGCUCAACUACACCGCCACCACCCACAUCACAACCAGUACACUUUAAGCAACGGAACUCUAGCAAGAAGUCAGUCGCCUUUGGGAGGCAGUCUAGCUAGUUCAGGUCAAGGUGCGUUCCUGAAAAGUUCCUACCCUUCUCCGGACGCGGUUGCCGGUGGGGAUUCGGUAUCCCGUGGAACCCCAAGUCCAGACGACAAUAACAGUGGAAGGGUGCAGGGAGGCAAUGGGACUGUAGCUAGCAGUUCUCUGCAUAGUAGUCAGCUGAGCACUUUCAAUGAGAAAGGGGGACUGUUGGCUCCCCAUCCGAACCCGGCCGGAAACGGGAGGUAUUCUGCAAACAACACUAUUGAUGGUCGAGGUUUCGACAGCGGUAGCACUCUGGACAGACGUCGCAACUACAAUCCCCAGUACAGCGGCGUUGGACCCCCAGGAGUAGCAAGUGCCCCUCCUCAUCCCCACCAGAUGAUUCACUACCCCUCUCGAUCCUGUCAUCCCUCCAUGUCCUCCCCACCCCCUCAGUACCCUGCACCAGGAGUACCCGCAGGAUACCAACCCAAUGUACAAGGCGAUGACUUGUCCGCUUUCCAGAACAGGUAUGCUGUGGGAGGACCCCAAAUUCCCUAUGACAGCCGAUAUGCCCCCAGUGGCUACGAAAGUCGCACUCCUCAAACUCUUCGCAAUAAUCACCACCAGACAUUUCACCCGAACAGAAGUCCCCCAGAUGGUGAGCAAAACAUGAACAAUAUCUACGCCACCAGCGGAAGGGGUCAGAAUAGUUCAGCCACUCCUGCACCUGGAAAAAACAACUGGAACAACAACCACGUAGACGACAACUCCUCCUAUGGCAGACCAGUUCCAGGACUCUUGCAUGUCGGCAAACCACCCGCAACUAAUCCGACAUCCGAAACACCUCCUCUAUCAAGUCCAAGGAAACAAAAACAACCCUCCCCAGCUAACUCUUCAAUCAGCGAGGGCGACGAAGUCUCACCCGAAGUCCCCCCUCGACCCCAAAACCCUUCCCAUCCCAAAAACUCAAGUUCGCGACCCGGAGCAUGGAAUCUGCCGAGUGAAAACUCGUUUCGAGCUGGCGGAGUUGUUAACAGUCCGACAAAUAAUUUUCAACCCGAAUCGCAAUCUCCUUUAGAAGCGCCCGACUUGUGCAAAGACGUUAGAAAUAGUCUGGAAAGGAGUCAAAGCUCUUCGGCAAAAAAUUCUCUCAAACGACAGCAAAACGAGAACGGCGAGUCACGAAUAGCUCAAGUUUAGCUUAACGCGCUGUGCUAUUUUAUACAAGCUAAAAUAAGCUAUGCAAAAAUAUAAUCAUUAGAAACGUCAGAUUGACAAUUUUAUGGGCGAGGAUUUUAUGUCGGAUAUGAUGAUCUUACAAGUUCGCUUCAAGCAAGAUAAUCUUAAUUGUAAAUUUAUAAUUUUUUGUAUUUUGCAAACCGUUUUGUAUUUAUGUUCGUGUAUUGAUUUAAUCGUUGAUUUUAGU